CCACCGAAACCGAUGUAGCAAGAAAGCCUGGGGGGGUCAUGUGAUGAUUAUAAUUCAGAGUAUUAUUACAGGUGAAAACACAUGUAUUUGUGUCAUCUUGUGUUGAUAAGAGGUGUGAUUGUAGUCCAACUGAGACACAGUCCGAUGAGAUGGUAUGGUUCCAAGAUCAUGGAAGGCUAAGAGUGAUCGAUGACAAAAUGGCGGAGGCCGACUCGUAUCAUGCUGAAAUCUGAAGAUGGCGUGCUGAGCCCGAAGGUGUCGGAUUGUUGAUUUGCCACUGUACCAUUCGAAGUUGGAAGAAGAGACAGCCAACAUGGACUGUAUACAGAGGGAAGCUCUACAAGAACUCCACUUGAAAUUGAUGGAUGAUCUCGAUCCCUGGGAAAUAAUGAUAGACUUCUUGUUUCAGAGGAAGUGUUUAAAUUCGGCGAAUGUCGAUAGGCUCGAAAGUAUUCGAGAUAAAAGAACAUGCCGACGAUACUUCCUUGAACUAGUUCCCAAGAAGUGUUCAUUUUCAACAUUUAUUGAAGGUCUGAUGUACAAAGAGUAUCAUACACAUUUAGCGGAACUGAUUAAAACGAAGGUCCUUGACAUACACAGCAGAACAAAGUCCGGUGACACCAACGAAGACGAGUCUUUGCUUCUUGACGGAAGAGUUGCGCGCGGACGUAAGAGAAGACAGCUAGAUAAAGUGACCAAUAGAAAGAGAUUACGGGAUGAGCCGCAAGAUCAUAAUAUUGAGAACACCGAGGCCGUAAAAACGGUUUUCCUUGAACAAGCCCCAGAAGGUGAACUUGAAGGAAGAGGCAUCGAACAAGCUGGCCUUGAACGUGUAUCAGAUAAAUGUUUACUCUGUCCAAUGUGCAAAAAACCAAAUCGUAUCAACAUUGUUGACAAUGAAAAGAAGAGGAUAGUUCGAAUACAGCAUCAUCUUAAAGUGUUGUCCCACGAUGGUGCAGUUGGGAAGUUUGAUAGAUUCAUCAAAGCAAUGUCCAAACGACAUAAAAAGAACCCUGAUAUCAAAUUUGCUCUUCUGGAUGCGAUAGUCGGUCGGAAAAAGGUGUCAAACAGAAUAGUUCCCGACGAAGACGUGUUCCUUAAAAUGGAAAAGACAAUUCCAUAUACCACUAACCCUUUAGCAGCCAGCAUGCUUUACCUAUCAAGAAAGGGGUCGGCUAUUGCCACUAGGAAGCCUAUAGAGGAUGGGUUAAAAGAGUUAAACGUCGCAAAGUCCCAUUCCGAGUUUAUCCAACCAUGUAAAGACACUGGGAUGGUGUUAUAUAUAGAGGUCAACCUUCUCAUGCAGCUGUUUGAAAAGACUCCAACUCCGGACCUGAAAAUGAAAAUAAUUAGAAGACUCGAUGAAGCCAUCAAUGUCCACUUCGCUGAGGAAGUGCCGGAGGUGCGAGAGGACUAUACGAGGAUGUUGUAUCUCAAAAUGGUUUUCUGUUACCUUGGAAUCCGCGUGGAUGCUGGGACAAUAACGGAUUACACACCAAGCGUGGAAGAUAUUCAGAAUGCCGAAUCUUGCCUUACUUUGAUUGACAGACUCCCGGCGUUGUUGGACAAAAGAAGACUGAUGUUCUACCACGUGGCAAAGUCCGUGUUGUUCAAAUAUAGGGGCGUCCUUGACCUUGCGCUGGACCACGUGAACGCUGCAGUAGUCAAAGCAAACGAGGGACAGUUUGAGAAGGAACACUCGUGCAUCAAACACCUUGCUGACAAUGUCAGAGAGUUUAUCCGGGACAGUGGGGUGAAGCAGGAUGAACGAGGGGAAGCCUUGCUGCGGGAGCUCGAGGAGGACGUCCAGGAAGAGGAGGUGCGAGAGAUGUCCUCAGAUGAGGAUGACAUAAUGUUACCUUCUUGAUACAUAAGGGUGGUGGGGUAGCCUAGUGGUUAGAGCGUUCGCUCGUCACGCCCAAGAACCGGGUUCAAUUCCCCACAUGGGUACAAUAUGUGAAGCCAAUUUCUUGUGUCCCCUGGCGAAAUAACACUGAAAACGGCGUAAAAAUAAUUAAACUCUCUCCUAAGAAGGGACUCUGAAAGAAACGUGCAUUUAGAAACCUGUUCCUAUUCUCUUGUAAUCCAUUUUGGCAUCCAUAAUGAUGAUCAAGUUAUGAUUCCAACUGGUUGGAGUCAGCUCUCUAUAUUGUGGUCGAUAUUUUUAACUCUGAAGCAUUUGAAGCGCUGUAUAUAAUACCACUAUUUAUAUAAUAUUGGGAGCCACACACAUGUGCAUGACAUAGCAUAAUGGAUGUGAAUGAUGUCAAAGUAAGAUGAUCUCAAAGAUGAUGAAGUUUGUUUAAUUGAUACACUUAUGUUAGUGUACUGUUUCUACAUUAUCAAAAUGUGUUACACAUAUUCAUGUUGAAAAUCAGAACAUAUUGAAAAUUGGAACAUGUUUUGAAUUGAACAUGUUCACGGGUCAAGA